CCGGGUCGGGCGGGCGGUGCCGUCGGCCCAGCCUCCUGCCCGGCGCCCCGCGGGCAGCCCCCGGCCGCUGCGCCAUGUCCGCCGACUGGUUCCGGCGCCGCUUCCUGCCGGGGGGUCCGCUCCCCGCGCCGCGGCCACCCCGGCCCCGCGCCAGCCCCGUGCCCUACCGGCGGCCCCGCUUCCUGCGCGGCUCGGGCUCCAGCCCCGGCACCGCCGACGCCUCGUGCCGCCCGAACGCCCGGCCAGUGCGCAGCCCGGUGCGGGGCCGCGCGCUGCCCUGGAACGCAGGCUAUGCCGAGAUCAUCAAUGCAGAGAAAUCUGAAUUCAAUGAGGAUCAGGCGGCCUGUGGGAAGCUGUGCAUCCGGAGAUUUGAGUUUGGGGUUGAAGAGGACCAGGAAUGGCUGACCUUGUGCCCAGAGGAGUUCCUGACAGGUCAUUACUGGGCACUGUUUGAUGGUCACGGUGGUCCAGCUGCAGCUAUCCUGGCUGCCAACACCCUGCACUCCUGCCUACGCCGGCAGCUGGAGGCCGUGGUAGAGGGCAUGGUGGCCACUCAGCCCCCCAUGCACCUCAGCGGCCACUGCAUCCGCCCUAGUGACCCCCAGUUUGUGGAGGAAAAGGGCAUUAGGGCAGAAGACUUGGUUGUCGGGGCUCUGGAGAGUGCCUUCCAGGAGUGUGAUGAGGUGAUCGGGCGAGAGCUGGAGGCCUCAGGACAGGUGGGUGGCUGCACAGCCCUGGUGGCUGUGACCCUGCAAGGAAAGCUGUAUGUGGCCAAUGCUGGGGAUAGCAGGGCCAUCUUGGUGCGGAGGGAUGAGGUACGGCCCCUGAGCUCUGAGUUCACCCCGGAGACUGAGAGGCAGCGGAUCCAGCAGCUGGCCUUUCUCUACCCUGAGCUUCUGGCUGGUGAGUUCACCAGACUGGAGUUCCCUCGGCGACUGAAGGGGGAUGACUUGGGGCAGAAGGUUUUGUUCAGGGAUCACCACAUGAGCGGCUGGAGCUACAAGUGCGUGGAGCAGUCGGAUCUCAAGUACCCACUGAUUCAUGGACAGGGUAGGCAGGCUCGGUUACUGGGAACACUGGCCGUCUCCCGGGGCCUAGGAGACCAUCAGCUCAAAGUCCUGGACACAAAUAUUCAGCUCAAGCCCUUCUUGCUCUCUGUCCCACAGGUGACUGUGCUGGAUAUGGACCAGCUGGAGCCGCAGGAAGAGGAUAUAGUUGUCAUGGCGACUGAUGGGCUCUGGGAUGUCCUGUCCAAUGAGCAGGUGGCACGGCUGGUGCGGAGCUUCCUCCCUGGCAACCGAGAGGACCCACACAGGGCCAAGGGCGCAGUAGCCACUGAGGAUUCAAACAUCGCAUCCCAGAACCACUUACGGGCCAGGUGCAGUGUGAGCGUCCACCAUGGUCAACAGCAGGUCUGCCUGCCCCACCCCCAGACCCAGCCCUGACCCCAACCCAUUUCAAGGGGAGCAUUUCUACAAGGCAGUCAGAACUGGAAGAACACAGGGAGUCCAGCUCCCCAGGUCCCCCUUUGGCAGGCAGGGAAAGAGUGCUAAUGUCAAUAAUGUCUGGCAGAGUCACUUUACAACUUAGAAUCUAUGUAAGCCUCCUCAGAUAGGAUCCUUAACAGCCCACUAUAUUAUUCCCAAAUGGGGACAGCUGGACUAAGGGCAUUGGCCAAGGAUGCCAGGAAGGGCAGACAGCCUGUGUUUGGAUCCAGGUCUCUAAUGCAUGAAUGUCAGAUUAUCUACUCAACAACCCCCAAAGCCCAUGCAGAGUGCCUUAUGGGAAGCCUCAUACCUGCUAAACAGCCAUCUUGAAGCAGCCCUUGGAGAGAGACCAGUUCAGGUCCCACCCUGCUCCCCUCCGUGCUGGAGGAGAGGCACAGGCCCAGGGGCUAAAGUUGGGGGAGAACUAAGGGACAAGAAGGAGCCCCCGAGUUGGCUUAGUGAAUGCCCAGAUUAUUGCUGCUGCCUCUAGCCCAGUCUCCUGAUUGCUCCUCUCUGGCUCCAGCCCUGCCCUAGGCUGAUGCCUCAACAACGCCGUUUUGUUGUUCCCCAUCACCUUCCUAUUAAAUGUUUGUAUGCAGAAGAA